AUUCAAUUCACGCCAGCUCAGACUCCAAGUUCCAUAAAAAAUCAAAACUUUAUUUAUGUCCAUUUUUUUAUUUUAGAAAAACAUACAGUACAAUUUAUUUUUUCCCCUUUCGCAUCCCAGAUUUCCUAUGUUCCGCCAAAAGCUUGGCACAAGUAAAUUUUCCUUUCAAAUUUUGAAAUUUCGAGUUUUUUUUCAGUUCAGAUUUCCUUGAAACUUUAUCAGAUGUGUAAUUUCUUGUCAGCUUAAAUGAAUAUGGCCACUGCACAUUAAAGGGCUGUCGUCAAAAUCUUCUCUUUCUGUUUGAUUUUCUUCACCUGGUCCCUUUUUUUCUCUCUCGAAAAUUUUGAUUUAUUCAUUUCAUUUCUUGUUUUUUUUUUUGCGAUGUUAUGCCGGAAAAGUACGGCAAAGAACAAGCGUGGAUCGGUUGCUGUGCACCUGAAUGUAUACGAUCUUUCCUCCAUGAAUGGCUAUGCUUACUGGCUUGGACUCGGUGCCUACCACUCAGGUGUUCAAGUUCAUGGUGUGGAAUAUGCAUUUGGAGCUCACGAGUAUCCCUCGACGGGUAUAUUUGAAGGGGAGCCGAAAAUUUGCGAUGGGUUCACUUUCAGAAAGUCGAUUUUGAUGGGUUGGAUUAAUAUGACACCUGGCGAGGUUAGAGGAGUUAUGGAAGAGCUUGCCGAAAAAUACAGGGGAAAUGCUUACAAUCUCAUCACCAAAAAUUGUAACCAUUUUUGCAAUGAUGCUUGCAUUAAGCUCACCGGGAAUCCAAUCCCCAGUUGGGUUAACCGUCUCGCUAGAAUUGGCUCACUUUGCCAUUGCAUAAUUCCAAUCAACUUGAACACAACAAAAGUUGGGCACCAUAAAGUGAGCGAGGAUAAAGUGAGUGAAGCCGAGAAGAAGAAGCUCAAGAGCCGCUCGUCAAAUAGGUUCUCUAAUUCGCCUUCGAAUUCAUCUUCUUCGUCUUCUUCGUGUUCUCCACCAUUGGAGGCAACUAUCGGCAGUCAAAGCCGAAGCCCUUUGCCUUUGUAAUUUGUUAAAUUUCUCGAUUGUUUUUCGGAGGAGAUCGAUCAUUUACAG